UUUUCCUGCUCAGCCGUGCCGGGGUUGGUCAAAGGGCAGCGACACUUCCUGUAGUGAGAAACCACGUUGCUUUGACAGAAGGGAGGAAACCGAGGAGCUUUAAACUUUCCGUCUGAGCUGCUGAGUUUUCUGACAACAUGCCAACUCCGAGUGAAAACAUGCUGUUUGGGAUGGGAAAUCCCUUGCUGGACAUUUCAGCUGUUGUGGACAAAGAUUUCCUUGACAAGUUUGGACUGAAGCCCAAUGACCAGAUCCUGGCUGAGGACAAACACAAAGCCUUGUUUGAUGAAAUCGUCAAGAGGACCAAAGUCGAAUACCACGCCGGUGGCUCGACCCAGAACUCGGUGAAAAUCGCUCAGUGGAUGAUCCAGGAACCCCACAAGGUGGCCACCUUCUUCGGGUGCAUCGGCUCCGACCGUUUCGGGGAGAUCCUGAAGACGAAGGCCGAGGAGGCCCACGUCGACGCCCACUACUACGAGCAAAACGAGGAGCCCACCGGCACGUGCGCAGCCUGCAUCACCGGAGACAAUAGGUCCCUCGUCGCUAACCUGGCAGCGGCGAACUGCUACAAAAAGGAAAAACACCUGGACUUGGACAGCAACUGGGAGCUGGUGGAGAAAGCCAAGGUCUAUUAUAUUGCGGGCUUUUUCCUGACUGUGUCCCCGGAGUCCAUCCUGAAAGUGGCAAAGCACGCCUCAGAUAAGAACAAGCUCUUCUGCUUGAACCUCUCGGCGCCGUUCAUCAGCCAGUUCUUCAAAGAGCCUCUGAUGAAGGUUAUGCCUUACGUCGACAUCUUGUUCGGCAAUGAGACGGAGGCGGCCACGUUCGCUAAAGAGCUGGGCUUUGAGACGGAUGACAUUGCAGAGAUUGCGAAGAAGACCCAAAACCUCCCCAAGGUGAACACGAAGAGGCAGCGAGUGGUGGUCUUCACCCAGGGCAAGGACGACACCGUCGCCACCGUCGGUGAGAGGGUGACCAUGUUCCCCGUUGUGGACAUCGACCAGAACGAUAUUGUGGACACGAACGGGGCGGGAGACGCCUUCGUCGGAGGAUUCCUGUCCGCCCUGGUCCAGGAGCAAGCGUUGGAGGAGUGCAUCCGGGCCGGCCACUACGCCGCCAACGUCAUCAUCCGGCGGGUCGGCUGCACCUUCCCAGACAAACCGGACUACCACUGAUUGCAACCCAGCACCGAAGCACAACUGUCUUUUUUCCACAAGAUACCUGUAUAUUGUCUUCUUCAGGAUAUUAUGUACAUUUUUUUUUCUAUUCACAGUUCGACAGACUGCAUGGGACUAAUUGCUGCAGCUUGAUUAUUUCAUCAAGCCUGUUUAAGCAACACAGAUGGUUUAUUACAGUUUACUACAAAUAACUAAUAUUAAGUGAAAGAAUCUGCUUUGUUUAAAAGAGUACUUCACUUCAGUCUUUCUUUUUAAUAUCACAAACUGGCUCCCCGAUGCCCUGGAAAGAUGGUGGAGAAGUCUCAUCAUGUGUCAACACAUGUAAAUACCCUUUCCGAAUCUUAACUUCUCUCCAAUUCAUCCAUAUUUUCUCCCACGUGAAAACGAUCACAGUCUCUCCGCUGAGCGCCGGAGUUUUGUGUCCCAGUUUCACCUCCUCGCUGCAUCGCUGGAGGUCGUGCAUUUAGUGAUUUAUUUGGAAAAUACCACAGAAACUGAUCAAUGGUCGAGGAGUGCAUUAUCCUGCAGGACUGGUUUGAAAAGUUUCUCCGGAUACAUGUGGCUCUGAAAAGUUUGAUUCAUGGAAGAGCUGCAAUCGAUUCUGCUGUUGACCCAGAGUCCUCUCCAAAUAUAUAAAUAUAUAUUUUUAAAUGUUUGUAGAGUUCUCCGUAAGUUCUCAAACUGCUCCUGCUGCGUAGUCCACUUUCCUAUUGUUGAUUGCUGCGUACAAAACACUCCGUUCGGUGAAUUACUUAUUGCACUUCUUCUUGUGGAGCUUCUUAUAGUUAUGAGGACACAGUAACCGCUCAGAAGUUAAGUCUGCAGAACUUUAAGUGGAAGCUAUGAGCUCCAGACCUUGUGCAGCCAUCUUUCCAGCCUGCGGGGAGCGAGUGCUGUGAUACAAGGCAUCCUGAAUGUGGUGUCAUGAAAAAUGGCCUUUUCCCUUUCUAAAAGUUUCUUUUUGUUUUUGGUACACGAAUAAACAAAUAUCAAACCCAUCUUAUUAUGAUGCUGCUACGCAAACGCAACGCAAGUCGGAAAUGACAAUAUGGUGAAUUCAUGCUACUCAGAACUCUGAAAUUUACCAGUUGAGAAAGUUACAUUUCCCAGUUGGGAAUAUUGCACCACGAGAAAAAAUAAAAUCUGGAG